AUGCACACGUCCGUUAGAUCCGCCAACCGGAAUUCAUGUGAACUUCCGGGUUUAUCAAUAAAUAGCGCAUUCCAUGAUAAAGCGCAUUGGCAUAUUGGACAUACUCGGCGUAAUGGACAUAAUCGGCAUAAAAGACACAGUUGGCAUAUUGGACCUAAUCGGCGCCAUGGAAAUGAUCGGCAUAAAAGACAGAACGGGCAUGUUCGACAUAAUCGGCAUCAUGGCCAUAAUCGGCGUACUGGGCAUGAUCGGCAUAAAAGACACAAUGAGCAUAUUGGACAUAAUCAGCAUACUGGACGUACUCGGCGUAAUGCACAUAGUCGGCCUCAUGGACAUGAUCCGGAUAAAAGUCACAGUUGGCAUAUUGGACAUAAUCGGCGUAAUGGACAUAAUCGGCAUUAUGGACAUACGGCCCAUCAUAGACAUGGUUGGCAUAAAAGACAAAAGCGGCAUACUGGACAUAAUCGGCAUAAUUGGCGUGAUCGGUAUAAAAGACACAACGGGCUUGUUGACCAUAAUCGGCAUAAUGGACAUAAGCGGCAUAACGGGCAUAGGCAUGGACAUACGCGGCAUCAUGGGCAUGAUCGGCAUAAAAGACACAAUGAGCAUAUUGGACAUAAUCGGCGUAAUGGACAUAAUUGGCAUAUUGGACAUACGCGGCAUCAUGGACAUGAUCGGCAUAAAAGACACAAUGGGCAUAUUGGACAUGAUAGGCAUAUUGGACAUAAUCGGCGGAAUGGACAUGAUCGGAUAAAAGACAUCGGCGUAACAGACAUAAUCGGCAUCAUGGACAUGAUCGGCAUAAAAGUCACAGUUGGCAUAUUGCACAUAAUCGGCGUAAUGGACAUGAUUGGCAUCAUGGACAUAAGCGGCAUCAUGGACAUACGGCCCAUCAUGGACAUGAUCGGCAUAUUGGGCAUAAUCGGCGUCAUGGACAUACGCGCCAUCAUGGACAUUAUCGGCAUAAAUGGCACAAUGGGCACAUUGGAGAUAAUCGGCAUAUUAGACGUAAUCGCAUACGCGCCAUCAUGGACAUGA